AUUAACUACUUGCAUUAACAUGCGCGAUCGGUUGAAAGAAGUGAUACAAGAAACAGGAGUUACACUUAUAUAUAGACAGACAGACGAAUAGACAAACAGAUAGACGAAUAGACAAACAAACAAACGUACAAACAGAUGGAUAGAUGGACAAAUAAGCAGACAAUGGACUGACAGACAGAAAGACAAAGAAGUUAGAAUGAGUUUGGAGUCUUUAAAUACUGCAGGAAUAACAAACCUUGGGGGGUCUUAUUUCUCUAUAUCCUUUCAGACAAACGGACAGACAACAAAGCGUAAAUCUAACCGUGCAUCCUCCUUAUGGUACGCUUUGAAUAAUGCUAAUGCCAGUGAUAUAAUAAAGAUCCUAUAAUUAAUCAUAAAGUAAUGCCAUGUUUUGGAAAUAAAAAAGUCUGCAAUUUUUAUUUUCAAUUACAAUACCCUGACUUUUCCAAACUGUUUAUUUUAACUGCCCACGCGUCUGGCAUAACAGUAGAAAGUGUUCUUUCUCAGGUUGAAAUAAACAAGGAUCGACCGAUAGCUUACGCGUCACGCAUUUUAACCGACAAUAUAAAAUACGAUAGUACGAAAAAGAAGCUUUGGCUAUAAUAUUACGUGUACAACUUUGCUUUUUUUCGAAAUUCGAUGCUUUAUUAUGAAAAACUGGUUAUACAUUUACGAUUCAAAAUAUUGUCCAUCGCUGGCCACUACUUUUUCCUGUCUUUCUGGCAGUAUAUGAAUUCCGCGUCGAAAAAACUGAUCUUUUGAGGCGAUCCACGAAUCGAUUCAAUUUUUCACGUCUUCAUAAGAACGGAAGUGCUGGUCAGUCAGGCCAUUGAUCGAAACAAGUGAUAAUCAGAGAGAGCAAUGUCCAGAGAAUACGGUGUGGGUGGGGUAGGACUUCCCAUUUCAACAUUUCCAAGUAUGUUUUGACGGGCUUUGCGACAUGGAGUCGAGCAUUGUCAUGCUGCAAAUUAACUUUAUCGUGUCUAUCGUUGUAUUGUGGCCGUUUGUCUUUCAGUGCUCGGCUCAAACGCAUCAAUUGCUUUCAAUCGCCUGUGAUUGUUUCAGUCGAUUUUAGUAACUUAUAAUACACUACGACGAGCUAGUCCCACCAAGGGACCGUGGCCGGUCUUCGACGUCAAAAUGACCUGAUUCUUAAAGCGUUGAAACCAUUUUCGGCACGUUCUUUCACUAAUAGAGGCCUCACUAUACGUAUUUGAGAGCAUUCGAUGAGCCUCAGCCGCAGAUUUCUUCACAUUGAAGCUAUCGUGCUCCUGGUCUCGGGACACGGUACAGGAUCGCUACCGAUGACUCCUCGGGAUCAGGUUCCGUAGAGAUAACGCCGAAAGUAGUUAUAAAAAGAUAUAUUUGCUCCAACGUAGUUACAGUUCUCAGUUAUUAAACCCGAAUAGUUAAGUGUCGCAAAUGAUUAAGUACAAUUUUGUGUAACGACGAGCGACAUAGAUUCAUCGCUGUAUUAAUUAUUGAGCUCGCUCGUUCUAUUUUCGCGACGUUUAUAUACCCCGCUUUUCGGCUUGUUGCUAGGGGGUUUCUCCCGCGAUCACAGGCCUUUGUCCCGUGCACUUGCUUAGCCAGCAAUUGCUGGCUACGUGCAUUUCACCGGAAAUUAGGAGAUUUCGGAUGGCAAACAAGUACAUUGCUCAGUGCGACGUCCGAUGUAAAGGCUGGACGGUGUCCUCGCGCGAGGUAUCACUCGACACCCUUAUCGCUCGCGCUAUUCUUAGUGUGAAUGUUGCACACUCACAACAAAGCAAAAAAUUAAAACCUCCCGCAAAUGACGAGAAUUUAGCCCGUAAGCUGACAUUUUCAAUCAAGAAUAACUUUAUGAUGCAGACACAAAUUGACUAAUAUUUCGAUGGCCUUAUGUUUACAAAUGCCUAAACUUAUUGUAUGAUGUCUACGAUCUAUUUAUUUCGACCACCACUUACCGCUACAGCCAUCUAUUGAAAAACGGCGGAAGCAUAGUUGUACACCUAAUAUUUUUAAGUUAAGGGGCUAUAUACACCUAAAAAUUUUGAAAAAAUGCAUUUUUUGCAUAUUUGUCAAGUAUAAGGUCAUGAGAAUAUACCCUGCAAGUUUCAAAGUAAUUCCUUUAAAAUUGUUGAAGAUAUAGCGAGAAAAGUCCAAGCGCGUUCGAAGACGUUGGGGCGCAAUGGACACGCCUUAACCCUUCGCAGCAGGUAAUUUACGCAAGAAUAUUACGCCGGCAAGCUAGGAUCGAAGCCUUUGAUGCCGCUACAUCUGGGGAGAGUUCACUGUAUGGCCCUGGAGUGGACGACUCCAUAUAAGUCCUGUACGAGCUGCAAUUGGUACCGCAGAGCACCUUUUUUCAACAAGGUCUUGCGACGAGGACAAUAUUUACGCCAUUUUUAAAUAUUUUUAGUUCAAAUUUAUUCUGAAACAUGUUUUGAGAAUGUAAUUUAAAGUAAAGAAAACUAGGAUUAAUUACAUACAUUACGUUUCGAAAAAAAAAUCGAGAAAAAGGCCUAUUUUUUACGUUUUCAGGUGUAUGUACCUCUUAAAAGUGGUUUUUGAACAAAACAUUUUUUUAUCAAAUAAGCAAAUAUAGAAAUAGUUACUCAAGUAGAAGUUUUUAGCUUUUCAAAUCUGUUAUCGUAAUUUCUGUGCAAUCAUUUUUACAAAGUUAUGCAUUUAAAUUUAAAAUACCGUUUUUUCUUUGAUCAUUUAUAACUUGGUCAAAAUGGGCGCAAGAAAAAUUUUUUAAAACCAAGUUGAAUAAAAAAGAUUUAUAAAAAUUUUAUCAGAUUAACUCAAAAAAGAUUAUUUCAGCCCAUGAAUACGCUUAAAUUUGAUGCAAAUUUAAAAAAAUUUUCCUUUUGUGCUUUGUUAUGAGUGACACACUUAUACCGAUAAGAAAGGUGUCAGUAGCACCGAUGAUAUGUAAGUCGGUCAGCUGCAGCAGUCAGCAUCGAGCGCAUUGCGCGAGGUUUCACGCAAUCCGCUCGCAAUGCUCCUUAGACAGCACUUGCUGUCUAAGCAAAAUUUUGGAAUACCGACCGAUUUACGCCCUCACGCAAUCCUUCCCUUCUCUCGAUCCAACUACCGAAUUAAUGGAUAUAAACCGCCGAAAGAAAGUAAGGGACGAGUCAAUCAGAAGUCGACAAUCCGAGAUAUCACACGACACUCUGCUUUGCGGGGUCGUGUAACGCCGACACAAAACAUUGUAUUAUACACAACCACGACACUCUGCCUUACGGGGUCGCGGACAGUGCACUCCAGGGUAAUCGCACUCCUAUUACUUUAGUGGGGACGGAAGUUCUAUUGGUUUAGUGAACGGGGAUAGUGAUAGUCGGCAGCACUAUCGGCCGGUUCCUAAGCAACCUGUGCUCAACGAUGACAACUUUUUCAAACUUUCCUGAUGUACUGGUCCACGUAUUAACGGUCGUGAACAAUUAAUGUGUAUCAACGAAUGUGUAAGAAGCAAGUUCUACUGGAAACUAGGGCACAGUUUGACCCCCACAAUUGUUGCCCUCUAAGCCUGUUAAACCGUGGUACUGUGUCCCUUUUGAGACGGAAAUCCAAUGGGUGAAAGAAAAAGAAGCAAGGCAUGCCUUCAGAUUGACGUAAUAUUGGAAAAAAAGAUGCGAAAUCUUAGUAAGAACGGAACAUAUCAUAUCUGAGAAGUAAUGUGAAUGGUAUUUUUUUAUUUGAAUAAGUUGUGUGCGUGUGUAUAAAAUUUAGAGAAUUGUUGUGAUUGUACGUGAGUAAUUAUGUUAUAAUGCAUUAUAUAUUUAUAUACGUACAUGUAUAUAAUACGUAAAUUAUAUGUAUAUAAUACGUAUGUAUAAAAUUGUAUUGUGAAUGAUUGUGUUGCAUGAUGCUGAGGUUGCAUUUUGGCUGUAUUCCAAAUUACAUUGCAAGCACUGAAAAUGUAUAGUUCACAUAACGUAUACUAUACAUUUUCAGUACAAACAGUGAAUUUUAGAAUACAACCAUUAUAUGCUUUGCAUCAAAUUUUUUAACCACACCGGAUAUUAUAUAAAUAAAUAUCUGACAGUCCCCAGUCUGCAAAGUGGGACGGAAAAAUUUGUUGCAAUUAUAAUGUAAAGGAAAAAUCUAAUAAAAAAAUAAAGAAAAUUAUUUAAAUGUAUAUAAUAACAAUUCUUUAUUCUUUUUAGCAGUACAAUUGCCAAGAAGGAGAUAUUUAAAUAUAUAUAAUUAUAAUAAAUAAAUAAAUGUAAAUUCUAUUAAAAAUCUUAAUUUUAAUGUUAGUUUUAUACGAAAACAAUUAAUACACUUUGUAGUCAAAAUAUCAUAUAUUGUAUUAUUGUAUUACAAAACUUUUUUACCAUACUUUAUUUGUAGAUUAUAUGGCACAAUAUUUUGACUACAAAAUAAUAUUAAUUGUUCUUAUAUAAACAACAAUUAAAAAAUGCAUGUAAAUAUAUACAUAUAUAUGGCUUCCGUUUCCGGUGCGACUAGUGAAAACACGCGGUUACUUCGUGAGAGCUUUAUCAGGUGCAUAGAGAGAAAAUAGGAGUGAAUGCAAGGUGAGAGUGAGUGAGAUAGAGAGAGAAGGACGAGAGGAAUAAGUGAGAAGAGAGAUAUAGGGAUAGGGAAAGGGCGUAGGGAGAGAGGAGAGGAUAAAAAGUAGGUAACGAGAGGUGAGUGACGGGUAAAGCAUAGAAUAAGAGUGAAAAGAGAGAAGGUAGGAAGAGAGUGAUAGUUAUUAGGCAUAGAGAGUAGGUAGAUAGAGGAGAUGAGUGUAGACAGACGGGGAAGCGUAGAGGGCGGGACAGUGGGGAAAGAACAGGGAGUAAGCAACUGGCUAGAGAGGAAACAGAGAGAAAGAUGUAGUAGCAUAGGGAGCUCGAGUAGCAUAGAGGAGUAUGUGAAAAGAAAAAGAGAGGAGACAGACGAAGAGAAAAAGGAGGAAGGGGGGAGUCCAUUCCAUAGAAGCAAGAAAACGCCGAGAUCACCGACUAGAGCAGGAGAGAUAGAGGAAGUGGAAGAGGGAAAGGAUGGGAGAGAGGGGGAGGGAAGUAUGAAAGGGAUAGAAGAUUUAAAGAAAAUGAUGGAGAACAUGUGGCAGGAACAAAAAAGAGGGAAUGAGGGGGUAAGAGGGAGGUUAAAAGUGUUAGAUGAAAGAAUGGAGAUGAUGAGAAGGGAACAAAUGGAAAGAGAUAAAAGGUGGCAGGAAGAAAGAAUAGAAUUAAUGGGUAGAAUUGAGGAAUUAGAAAAGAGGGUGGGAGCGAUGGAGGGAGGAGAGAGAGAUAAAAAUAGGGAAGUCGGGGGAGGGAUGAAGGAGAGAAUGAGGAGGAUAGAAAAGGAAUGGGAAAUGAGGGAGAGAAAAGAGAGAAGGAGGAACGUGAUAAUUAGGGGGUUAGAGAUAAAGGAGGGAAAGAAGAGAGAGGCGGUGAAAAGUUUAUUGAAUGAGAUAGGAGUAGAAGCAAAAUUGGAGGAAGUGAGUAGAGUGGGAAGAGGAAAAGGGAGAGACAUAUUGUUAGUGAAAUUAGAGAAUGAAGAACAGAAGAGGGAGAUAAUAAAUAAGAAAAAGAUAUUAAAGGGAAGAAAGGAAAGGAUAGGGGAGGACUUAACAUGGAGGGAAAGAAGGAUGAAAUGGAGAUUAGAGGAAAUAGCAAGGAUGGAAAGAGAGAGGGGGAGAAGAACGUGGGUGGGUUAUGGAAAGAUAAACAUAGACGGAGAGUGGUGGUCGUGGGACGAAGGGGAGGAGGUAUUAAGAAGCAAGGAGGGUAGAGUGAGGGAGGAGGGUCAAAGGGGGGAAGGAAAAUAGGAAGAGG